AUGUCAUCCACUUCUGCUACUUGGACCUCUUUUAUCAAGAGUUUGGCAUCCUACAAUGGAGACCUGUCGUCGCUGACUGCGCCGCCAUUUAUCCUCUCGCCUACGUCAUUGGUGGAGUACUCCCAGUACUGGUCCGAACAUGUUGAUCUGUUCCUGGCCCCUAACUUCAUCCAACAGGAACCCGAUGACAUCGACUCGGUUGAGCUCAAACACAUGGUUGCCGUUCUCCGCUGGUUUAUUUCAACCCUGAAAAGCCAGUAUUGUUCUCGAGCUGAGACCCUUGGUGGCGAGAAGAAACCAUUGAACCCAUUCCUGGGCGAAUUGUUUGUUGGUAGGUGGACCGACGAGUCGCCUUCCCAAAGUUUUGGAGAGACUCUGCUGGUGAGUGAACAGGUCAGCCAUCACCCUCCCAUCACGGCCUACGCAAUCCAAAAUAAAACUAAUAAGACGACUCUUCAAGGUUACAACGGAAUUAGAGCUUCCAUGUCUGCAACUUCACUGAACGUGAGACAGUACGGCCAUGCCUUGUUGGAUUACGAAAACCUCAACGAGAAGUACCUAAUUACCCUACCGCCUCUCCACAUCGAAGGCAUCUUGAUGGCUGCUCCGUUCGUCGAAUUGGAACAGAAAUCUUAUAUUCAGUCGUCAGCAGGAUACGUUGCAGUCAUUGAGUACUCGGGAAGGGGUUACUUUUCUGGUAAGAGCAACAGCUUCAAAGCCAGAAUUUUCAAGAACAUUCGCGAGGCUGAGGACAAGACGAAGGCUCUAUACACCGUCAGCGGCCAGUGGUCAGGCGUCUCGUCCAUAUCAAGAGGUCACACCAUUGCUUCCGACGCACAAGUGUUCUUUGACGCCAACAACUCCAAACCCCAACAUCUGACGGUCAAGCCUAUUGAAGAGCAAGGUCCGCUGGAAAGCAGAAGAGCUUGGCAGAAAGUUGCACAGGCAAUCAGGGCUAAUGACUACAAUUUGAUCCACGAAGAGAAAUCAAAGAUCGAAAAUGAACAACGCGAGCUGCGCAAGAAAGAAGCGGCUGAUGACACUCCUUGGAAACAAAAAUUCUUUAAAGAAAUUGAUUAUACAUCCCUAACAGAAGAAGACGACGAAACUGGAUAUAUCAAGCUUGCCAACAUGGCAAACUUGUCGCUGAAAAACAUUCUGUCCGGAUCAAUUAGAUAA